AUGGAAGCGGCGGUGAUGGCAACAGUUCUCACACCACCCUCCGCUCCGCCUAGGCGGUCUGUUUUCCUCGGAAUACCCUCCUCACUCGCCUACCCUUCCUGUCUUAGAUUCUCCGCUAAGUUGAGCACUUUUGUAUCUAUCUCCAUCUCCAACCAAGGUCAUGGGAGACACAGCGUUGGAAGUAAAAGGGGUUUUGUAGUUAGAGCUGCAUCAUCGUUUCCAGAGUCAUCUGAAUCAAUUUCCAGUAUUGCUCCACUUAAGCUUGAGUCUCCAAUUGGGCAGUUUCUAUCCCAGAUUUUAAUGAGUCAUCCACACCUUGUGCCUGCUGCAGUAGAGCGGCAACUUGAGCAAUUCCAAACUGAUCUUGAUGGUGAUAAUCAAAAGAAAGUGCCCUCUGCUUCAGGCACUGACUUAGUUCUGUACAGGAGAAUUGCGGAGGUUAAGGCUCAAGAAAGGAGAAAAGCUCUUGAAGAGAUACUGUAUGCAUUGGUGGUGCAAAAGUUUAUGGAUGCCAAUAUUUCUCUGAUACCCUCCUUAACCCCAAACCAAUCUGGUCGGGUUGAUUCAUGGCCAAGUGAAGAUGGAAAACUGGAGGAGCUUCACUCACCUGAAGCCUACGAGAUGAUCCAAAACCACUUGGCUCUUAUUUUGGGCAACCGUUUAGGGGAUUCAACAUCUGUCGCUCAGAUUAGCAAAAUCAGAGUAGGACAGGUCUAUGCAGCUUCAAUAAUGUACGGCUACUUUCUUAAGCGGGUUGUCCAAAGGUUCCAGCUGGAGAAGACAAUGAAGAUUCUUCCUAAUGCGGCAGAAGAGAAUAGCAUUCUACAAACUGUUGUAGACGAUUCAAGAAUCAGUGGAGAGGACACAUCUCAUGUUAUGUCUCAUCCUGAAAUUUCUACUUUGCCUGGUGGUGGCAUCAGCUCAGGGGGAUUUGGUUAUGGUUCAAAAGUUUCCAAGUUGCGUACCUAUGUGAUGUCCUUUGAUAGUGAGACAUUACAGAGAUAUGCAACGAUAAGAUCCAAAGAGUCUCUCAGCAUCAUUGAGAAGCACACUGAAGCAUUGUUUGGAAGACCUGAAAUUGUUGUUACACCACAGGGUUUAAUUGAUUCUUCGAAGGAUGAGAACAUCAAAAUUAGCUUUUGUAGCUUGAAGAGACUUGUUUUAGAAGCUGUUACUUUUGGUUCUUUUCUAUGGGAUGUUGAGAGCUACGUUGACUCAAGUUAUCAUUUUGUCCUGAACUGA